UCAGCAGUCUCACCCACAGCCACAGUCUCACUACACCACAGGUCUCACAUUACACCAUGGUUAUGCAACCCAACAUACGUUAACGGUAUAUUUCAUUCAUUACGUGGCCGGAGAAUCAGCUAAUUAAAAUAUAUUAUGAACACAUCCAACAAUGAUCAAAGCUUAAUUAAUAAGUAUAGUCGAAUGAUAUUGUUAUCAAUAUGAAACUUUUUUCGGAGAUUCCUGAAAAAGGGUAGGAAGAUUAUAACCUUUAAAUUUUUCGUCCAAUCAAAUUCAUCGUAAAACUGAUUUGUUGCCUACUGUGCAGGAGGUAGAAAACUGGGUGUCGUUGUUGUAAUGUCAGAAACAAGGCAAAAAGGUAUAUAAGAAACAAAGAUGGAUCAACAAUUUUGUCUUCGCUGGAACAACCACCCAACAAAUUUAACAGAUGUACUAAGCAGCCUCUUGAGAAGGGAAGCCCUGUGUGAUGUAACUCUAGCCUGUGAAGGAGAAACGUUCAAAGCCCAUCAAACAAUUCUAUCUGCAUGCAGUCCAUACUUUGAAACGAUUUUUAUACAAAACUACCAUCCACACCCCAUAGUUUUUCUUAAAGAUGUCAAUUACAAUGAGAUGAAAGCUCUGUUAGACUUUAUGUAUAAAGGGGAAGUGAAUGUGUCACAGCAUCUGCUACCAAUGUUCCUAAAAACUGCAGAGGCCUUGCAGAUACGUGGGCUAACCGAUAAUAAUUCUCUCAGCAAAAAUGAAGAAUUAUCUGAAGUGCCAAGGAGAGAUAGAGAUAGGACAAUUGACAGAUACAGCCCUCCAAGUGAAAAACGAAAAAGGAAAUCAUUUUCAAACUGUGAUAUGACAACAAACUCAAACUCUGAAAGAUUAAAUGAUUCUCAGGCUACUCAAAAGUUGAAUAUAAAUGUACCAAAGUUGAAUCCCAUAUCGCCGGUCGAUAGGGAUAAUAGUACUGGACCUGAAGAUAUGUGUGUAUCUUCUCCCAUAAUAAAACAAGAAUCAUCGCCACUUGAAUCUAGCCCACUUAUUGAUUCUUUUCAUUCAAUGUCUGAAGCAUUACAAACGCCAGUCUCAUGGGGGAGAAAUAGUGAACUCGAAACACAACCGUCUCAAUCCGCUCUGCGUCAAUGCCUCGAUGCCCCCCCUAUCGCCCCCACAGAUUACCCUCUGCCGAUAACUGAAGAACCUCCCCUUUGGUCGAUGCGCCCCGAAGACACUUCACAAUGCACUUUCACCACUCUGCAACCCGUCAAUUUGGCCAGCAUGCCUUCUUUGUAUCCUCGGACACCUUUACCAGUCCCUCGACAAUUGAUCGAAAACAAUAACUCGGCCGUUUCGCAAGAAUGUGCGGUUAUACAGAGCGUCCAAGGCAGGGGGGCGAAAAAGGGGGGCAGAUUCCGGCACAAGUGGCUGAGUUCGUACGUGUGGCUGAAGUUCGACGAAGAACAGAACAUCAUGUACUGUCAGUAUUGCAGGAAGUGGUGUCACUCGAUGCCCGACAUUCGCACUUCUUUCGCCUUGGGCAGUUCGAAUUUUCGUUUGGAGAUCGUCAAUCACCAUGACAAGUGUAAGGCUCACAGGAUCUGUAUGGCGAGGGAGUAUUCGGAGGCGAGUCCUAGCAGUCGGGAGAUCAAUUUGAGGAUCGGGCAAUUUUAGAGGGGAUUCUUUGUUGACAUGUAUUUUUUCCUCGGUUCCUCGUAUGCGAUGAUAGAGUUCAGCUAGCGUUGGGAAAGAAAAAAUAUGUCUUUCCUAGAGUGACUUUAUAAAUAGAGUGACGACAAUAUUGGUACACUUUUUCAUUGGUCAGACCUCUAAUAUGGAGGUGCAACCACAUGUUUUGUUUCCUCCAUUCAUUUCUACGCAUUCUAUUUCACUUUGUCAACGCUUUUUCUCUGUUUUUUUUGACACAAAACAUCCAACAAUAAUACAUGAAACUCUAUACGUCAGUACCUACCUUGAAUAUUAACUAUUAGAAUCCGUCUUUUGGGACUCUUGAGUCUCACAUUAUUCAGAUGAUGAAAUGGAAACAUCAAAUAUCUAAAUCUAACAUCAGGUGGACACUUCGAAGGCGCAAAUUCAUUACUGCAUCGGGGAUACCCUUCAGAUUUUGAAGUAUUCAGUGAUUUGACCACUAAUGACAUUCCGGAAAUGGCAGCCAGGUCUACUGUCGUCACUUUAUUUAAUCUACUCACUGUAGUCUUCCCCAUCUGUCCUUGUUUUCAGUGUUCCAACAUGAAUUUAUGAACAUUUUAUGACGGCAACACUGAAAAUAAGAAGAAAUGGAGGAGGUGAUCAUAUUAACCUCAAUAUAAAAGAGGUUAGAAUGGCCUUCUUCUCUAUUUCUUCUCAUUGUCAGUGUUGUCAACAAAGUUUUCAAUAUUUUACGAUGGAACACUGAAGACAAGGACAGAUGGGAAAAACGAGAGAGAAAUAUGUUCUCUUCUCUUUCAUCUUUCUCUUCAGUGCUACUAAUGUAGCCGUAUUGAAACAUAUCGAGAUUUCCUUGUCUUUCAUCUACUCUGUGCCACUGAACUAUAUUUCAGCCAGACUAGAAGGUAGGCAAGGAAAGGAUUGAAGAACCUCUCUAUAUUUCAAUGCGGUGCCGUUGGUACUACGUAUCACUAAAGAGAAAUAUAGAAGAGAAGAAAAUGUUCCUUUCUCUUGUUGACAAUAUGGAUUAGCAAUCUAUUACAUUUUUUUGAGCAGUCUUAGGUUGGCAGCAAACUGUCAUUAGCGUCCAUGAUGUCAUCGAUGUCAAUGAUACCGGAAAAUUCAGAUACUUCCGCGGAUUUUCUUGAAUAUUAAAUCUAUUCUCAUAAGUGCUAAACCAUUUGAGAUUUUUCUGUGAUAUCUAGUAUUAGUGAGAUUCAAUAAAGGUGCAUGUUUUCCAAUACAAAUAUAAUUUUAAGCUUCAACAGUGGCGUCCAUAGGAGCACUGACUGAAGGACAAAAAUGUUACACCAAUAGAAUCUUUCCCAAAUACAAAUACAUGCAUUACAUAGUCAAAAUAUUUUUUUCACUAGUUCAUUUUUCCCAGUGUCAAUGACGAUAAUGACAGUUGAUAUUAAUGCUACUAAUUACGCUGAUGAGGAAUAGUUGUCAACCUAUCAAGGUUAAAAUUGAUGCAACCGAUCCAUGGUCAAUUGACUAUGCUCCAAUUGAACCUAAUUACCUUCAUUUCUGAGAAAAAAAUCUAGAUUUCAAGACAUAUAUAUUUAAAUGAAUUAAAUAGAUGUUGAUUAUUUUUCAAAAUUUUGUAUCUUUCACAAAUCAAGUUGUUCAGUAAGGAAUAUCACAUCUUAAUAAUAAUUGAUGUAGCUGUAUUUUCUACAUUUCAUUAUUUUUACUUCAAGACUGUUGAACUGAAAUAGGAUCAAUUGAAGUUUAGUUGAAUUAGAUAGUUCAAUGGCUGACCUUAUGAAUAGCAAAUUAUUCUCUCUGAGAAGUUUUCAAAUUUCCUGAUGGAACUUCAAGUAGGAAAUGUUACCAAUGUGCCAAUAAUUAAUUUUAACAAAUUAGAAUUUAUUGUAUACACCUCGGAAGAAUUCGCCCUAGAAGUAGGUUAGUCUAAGAGUUCUAGUCAGAUAUCUAGUAUAUUUUGUAUUUUGAAAUUGAAUAUAUAAAUAUUUGUAGAAUAAAUAUAAGGAGAGAAAACAUAUACAUGAAUUCACUAGGUUGGAAAAUCAAACUUCUUAUAUUCUCAAACUUUAAAGUGUAUGGGGAAAUUGAGGCAAGAUUACUUGAUUGUGAUGUAGAUGAAUACUUGAUUC